CUCCGCCCGGCCCCCCCUCUCUCUUUCCUUAGCGGAGUCCAUUGCCUUCUUUUUCUGUUUCUCUAUCUGCACACUUUUAAGUCUCUGGAUUAGUCGAUCGGACGGUCCUUCUUUCUCCAACCAUGACCAUGCUGACUCCUCAACCGUUGGAUCAAGAAGACGAGGAGAUGCUGGUGCCACACACUGAAUUAGUCGAAGGUCCGCAGCCCUUGGAAGGUCCUCAGCCCAUGGAAGUAGUAGCACAAGGAGAAACUGCUAACGCUGUGGAGAAUCACGCCGUUGAUGAGCCCCAAGAAUCCAGGUUCCCGUGGACGAUUGAGAAUUUUUCUAGGAUGAAUGUAAAGAAGCUUUACUCCGACAGUUUUACUGUCGGUGGUUACAAAUGGCGGGUGCUUAUUUUCCCAAAAGGAAACAAUGUGGACCAUUUGUCAAUGUAUUUAGACGUGGCAGAUUCGGCAAACUUACCGUAUGGGUGGAGUAGAUAUGCACAGUUCAGCUUGGCUGUAGUUAAUCAAAUUCAUAGCAAAUUGACCAUAAGAAAAGACACACAACACCAAUUUCAUGCAAGGGAGAGUGAUUGGGGCUUUACAUCUUUCAUGGCUCUUGGUGAUCUUUAUGAUCCCAGUAGGGGGUAUAUUGUGAAUGAUACAGUUAUUAUCGAAGCUGACGUUGUUGUACGUAAAAUCACUGAUUAUUGGACAUAUGACUCAAAGAAGGAGACUGGUUAUGUUGGACUUAAGAAUCAAGGUGCAACUUGUUACAUGAACUCCCUCCUUCAAACGCUGUACCAUAUUCCUUACUUCAGAAAGGCUGUGUAUCAUAUGCCAACUACAGAGAAUGAUAAUCCCUCAGGAAGCAUCCCUUUGGCUCUCCAGAGUUUGUUCUAUAAGCUUCAAUAUAAUGACACCAGUGUGGCAACAAAAGAUUUGACCAAAUCUUUUGGAUGGGACACAUAUGAUUCUUUCUUGCAGCAUGAUGUGCAGGAACUCAAUAGAGUAUUAUGCGAAAAGCUUGAAGAUAAGAUGAAGGUAUGGUUUGACAGCGGCAACCUUCAGUUUUCAUUUUUGCUUUGA